AGAAUCUUCUUAUUUUCACGAAGACGCAAACACUGAACGUCGGGAUGAGCUGGGUUUGAUUGGUUCAAAUUGUGUCAGCUAGUAUCACUACUUCUUCUUUGGGAACCCUUCAAAUCAUCGAUGAAUUAUCGACUUCGCAUCUUCAUUUCUCCAAUCUCUCACAUGGUAGAGGCUAAACCUGCACAUCUGGAACAUUGUCUUUUUCAGUCUUGCUAGUGAUCAAGAUUAGGAUCAAUUAAUCGAGAUAUAUACGAACAUUACCUUUGGAGUGGAUGAGCACAGAGUGACACAACAUUGAUAAGAACGGUUUAACAAAGACAAUUGAGUUCGGAAUCAUGUUACAUAUGGCAAUCAUCCUUGCAGUCCUUGCAGUCCUCGCGAGCCAUGUGGCUGCUGUCAACAACGGCCUCGCUAGAGUUCCGCAGCUCGGCUGGAACAAUUGGAAUGCAUUAGGUUGCGAAGUAUCAGAAUCUCUUGUCCUAGAUACAGCCAAAAUUUUGGUCGAUUCAGGAUUACGAGAUGUGGGGUACAAUUAUGUCGUCCUUGACGACUGUUGGGCUGCAAUGGCACGAGAUGAAAAUGAGAUGCUUGUAGCCGAUCCAGUCAAGUUCCCACAUGGGAUGAAAUAUGUCUCCGAUCGGAUACACGAGAUGGGAUUGUUGUUUGGCAUGUACUCUAGCGCAGGGGAAAUGACUUGCGCAAGAUACCCGGGGUCCCUAGAUUACGAGACAAAAGACGCAAAAGCUUUUGCUGAAUGGGGCGUAGACUACCUCAAGUAUGAUAACUGCUUCAACAAAGGGCGAUUUGGAACUCCUUUGAUAUCGUACCAACGAUAUGAGGUCAUGUGGAAAGCUCUCAAUGCCACAGGGCGACCAAUCUUGUAUAGUCUUUGUAACUGGGGCGAAGACUACACUCAUGCUUGGGCAACGGCAAUUGCGAAUUCGUACAGAAUGUCAGGAGAUGUCUACGACUUCUUCACUCGGCCAGAUGAUCUGUUGCAGCUGUGACAACCCCUCAGAUCCAAUGUGCAUCGCCCCAGGGAAGCAUUGUUCUGUUCUCAAUAUCAUCAAUCGACUUGCUCCGUAUGCGGAUCGAAGCAAACCGGGUGCUUGGGCUGAUAUGGAUAUGCUCGAGGUAGGGAAUGGAGGUAUGUCGGAUGAUGAGUAUAAAGCUCAUUUCUCCAUGUGGGCAAUGUUAAACUCACCAUUACUCAUGGGUAACGAUUUGCGGACUUUGUCGCCUCGAGCUCUCACAAUUCUAAACAACCCCGCAGUGAUUGCAAUAAAUCAAGACCCUCUUGCUAAAUCUGCCAUUCGCAUAUACCGCAACACAUCCGUUGCCAAAGACGAAUAUGCACAAGGCGAAAUCCAAAUAUGGAGCGGGAAAUUGUUUGGCGGAGACCAAGUUGUCGCGUUUCUCAAUGCUGCCAAUGAAGAUUUGGAAAUGAGUGCUAGUUUGAAGGAGAUCUUCAUUCGUGAGGCAGGAAAAGCACCGCAAGUGGAAGAAGAAUGGACAGUAUAUGAUCUGUGGGCUAAUAGAAUGAAUGACGGUGAUGCAGAGAGGAUAUUGGAAGCAUUGCCUGAAGCCCGGCUAGCGAUAUUUGCUGAGCUCGAUUGGUACAACUCCACUGAUAUCCCUUACGAGUUGGGCAUCAUAAAUGGAGAUCCUCGACUUCUUGGAAAGAAUGUCGGGACAAUCCUUGCUCACGGAACUUUGGAUGUCAAAGUCAAGAGCCAUUCCAUAGAGAUCUUCAGACUUCGGAGUCCAAACAGAGAUGUGAAAGAAGAAGGUUUAGCGAAAGAUAAGGUUGAGGAGAAACAUGAACACGAAGAACUCUAG